GAGGAAAAAGCACCCGUGUACCGGUAACGCGCGUGGUAACUUUUCGUCGUCGCCGUCUUGGGCCCGGUUGUCCGCUUAGAAUCGCUCGGAGACUUGGGCAAGAUUUAUUCUAUACGCGACGAACAACGGUGAGCUUGCGAGAAAAAAGAAUAUAUUGCAAAGUGGCCAACCUUUCUGAAGGCUGAAGGAAGUUGUGUAAUUUUCGUGAUCUGUUAAUUGUCUGGCCACUUUUGAUCGCAGCGGUAAGGUCGGCGGUAUCAUUUAGCAUCUGCAUAUGAAUCGAUUAGAUUGUUUCGCGUUUUAUUACGAAGUGUAUAAUUUGCGGAAGUGACGAAUAUUGCGAACACGGUCGGGUGCUUCCGGAAAUAUAGAGAACAUAGUGCUGAAAAUUGUGGAUUUGGAGCCACCUUGUACCGAUUAGGAAAUGGUCCUUAGCGAAAGCCAACUUGCACUAUGCACGGUGUUUACAUUGUACCUUGGUGGUCUUCCUUUGAUGUACAGCCCAGCACCGAGGGGCGACUGUGAAAACUGCUGUCCCAUUAGAGAACCGAAAGACAUUCAGUUUUUCCUCUUCACAAGAGAAAAUCGUGAUAAAGGAGAUGUACUCUACGUUUCUGACAAGAAACAUCUGAGAAAGUCCCACUUGAAUAGGACUAAUCCUUUGGUAAUCUAUAUGCAUGGCUUCUCGGAACGAGCACCGGGUGGUGAAGGCGAAAGCAGCAAGCAAAUGCGGGAUGCGCUUCUCGAUGCAGAUGACUACAACGUAGUCCUGGUGGACUGGAGCCCACUGACGGCGCUACCCUGGUAUGUGAAUUCUGUACAAAACGGACCUCGAGUCGGACGAUACAUUGCCAGGUUUAUCCGUUUUCUCGUACUGUCCGACUUUCCCCUGCAGCAGAUUCAUCUGAUAGGAUUCAGUCUCGGAGCGGAAGUGGCUGGAUUCGCUGGCAAAACAUUGAACGAAUGGGGCAUGAAACUGCCGAGGAUAACGGGGCUGGAUCCCGCCUUCCCGCUGUACGUGUUCGAGCGUGCCUCACAGCGACUCAGUCCGAAGGAUGCCGAAUUCGUGGACGUCAUUCAUACCGACGGAGGCCUUUUGGGCUAUCCUUGGCCGCUGGGGCAUGUAGAUUUCUAUCCGAACGGUGGCGUUCCGUUGCAGCCGGGAUGUGCCCAACAGGAGCUGGCGAAAAAUCGUUGGCUAGGGGUAAUAAUCGGCUGCAGUCACGCACGUGCUUGGCAGUAUUUUGCCGAAUCGUUGGCCAGACCGAGAAGUUUUCUGUGCGAUCGCUGUGAGCACAGCGAUGACACUACUGAAGAAGAUUUCACUGCAAACAACAGCAGUAGCAGCAGAAGAAGCACCAGGAAUAGUAAUAGUAAUUGCACAAUGACCAAAGAGGUCUACAUGGGAAUGCACGUGGAAAAAACCUUACGAGGCAAGUUCUACUUGAGUACAAAUCCGGAACCUCCUUUUGGAAAGAAUCUUCCGUUGGAUUGAGGCUAGUCCUAGAAUACAUGGAUGUGUUCAUUAUUUGUACAUAGUUAUUGUUAAGGACUAGAGUAGACAUAAUUUUAAGUAGGAUUUUACAAUUUGUCUAUCGAAAUAUUUCGAAAUCGAAAUCAAAAUGGAUGAAAUGUUAUUGCUUUAUUAAUAAAUUUUAUAAUAAGAUUUCAAUACUGGAAAGAACUUAAGUAAAGUUGAAA